CGAAAUCAUAUGGCUACGAACAUUACCUUCCACGCUGGAAUCGUUGGAAGAGAUGAGAGGGAACUUCAUCUUGGCCAGAAAGGACUGACUCUCUGGCUGACAGGCCUCAGCGCCAGUGGCAAAUCAACGAUCGCCUGUGCCCUGGAGCAACAUUUAAUCCACCUGAAGAAGUUUUGCUACCGACUAGAUGGCGAUAACAUUCGCUUUGGAUUGAAUAAAGACCUGGGUUUCAAUGAGGCAGAUCGGAAUGAAAAUAUUCGUCGAAUUGGGGAGGUCUCAAAGCUGUUCUCAGAUGCAUGUGCAAUAACGAUUACUUCCUUCAUCUCUCCUUAUAGGGUCGACCGCCAAGUCGCCCGCGAAUUGCAUAGCAGAGCCGGGAUCCCUUUCGUGGAAGUCUUCAUUGAUGCUCCCCUAGACAUAGUAGAAGCGCGCGAUCCAAAAGGUCUUUAUAAGAAGGCUCGUGCAGGAGAAAUCAAAGAAUUCACUGGUAUCUCUGCGCCCUACGAGGCUCCAGAAUCUCCCGAGUUACACAUUAGAACAGACCAGCUCUCCUUGACUGAAAGUGUCCUCGCGAUCACCAAAUACCUUGUGGAAAAAGAGUAUAUUUGA